UUACUGUAUCCUAUACAUAAAGGAGAUAGAGAAAUACAUUUAUAUAAAAAAGCUAAUAUCAUAGAGCCAAUCUAUCAUUUGAUUCCUUAUACAUUCUAUAAUAAGAAACUUUUGAUUAGCCUCAUCCGAAAGUGUUUCUUUGGAUAUGCUUGUGAGCGCGCUGCGCGUUCUCGCAGUCAUCUGCGUGAGCGAGCCUGCAUCGUCCGUGACAAUCCCUUCAUCUUCCCACCGAGUGCCAAAAGAUAAACCAGGAUAAAAACACACGGUAACAAGAUGUCAGGAAUGAACCAGGUGCUUGCAACAUGCUGGACUCUCCUCCUGCUCUCUGCUUUCCUGUGUGAGCCGGUGCUGUCCAAGGGUGGCCGUGGAGGGUCCCGGGGCUCCUCUCGAGGCACCCACUCCCGCAGCUCCACAGCAGGGAGUAAUCGGGGCACAGGUGCCUACGGUGGGACCCGCUCUCGCUUCAGGUCGGCGGGCCGCUCGUCCCCGGUGAGGGUGGCAGCUGCAGCAGCCGCAGGGGCAGCAGUGGCCUUAACAGCGGAUAAAUGGUACGCCUCUGCUUAUCGCCGCAGCAAUGCUGACAACUCGGAGGAGGAGCUGGAUUACUACAACAGGACCAACUACUUUGAUGCACAAAUGUCAGGCUCAACUCAGAAUAGAUCCUCCCUCUCUCAGCUGGUUUCUAUCAUUAUUGCAACAUUUUCCCCAAAAUAUGGACUCUUACUGGACAGUGUACUGUAGAUGUCCCACUUAUUUUUUAGGAUAAAUUCUUGAUUCAGUCUUGGACUGAGCUUCUGCCCCUGAUCUGACUCUAACCUGCAGGACCAGCGUGAACCUGCACUGGGAAGACCAAUUAGAGGUGCAACAAAGUGGUGGAAGAACACAAAAAACAUCAAUGUACUGUAUGUUUUUACACAUAUAAUCAUCUAUACCAAUGGACAAAAAAAACAUUACCAACUCAGUAUUCAAUGUCACAUUUCACCUCUACAA